AUGUUUCCUACACGAAAGCGUGUGAUUCAAACUCUUUAUAUGCUACGUGGAAAUUAUACGCCUUCUGCUUUAACCAAAUUAAAAAUCAAUGUCCCAAGUUUAACUGAUUGUCUUUGUUUGCUUGAUGGGCCUCUUGUUUGUUUAUCAACAUUAAUUAUCAAUGUAUUAUGUAUUUAUCAUCCAGAUAUAUUAGAAGCUAUAGAUCCAACAAAAAAACUACCCAAUUUGAAAUGCUUUUCGUUUACCUCGUUUGGUCAUACAUAUGAGUAUGAUAAUCUAAUUGUUCCAUUACUUUGUCGAAUGAUAAAUCUUGAAGAAUUAAAAUUGUAUCUAUUAGUAAGAAGAAUGGAUUCGACUUAUAUCGAUGGCUAUCAAUUAUAUGAUCGAUUUCUUAUUUAUAUGGCACAAUUAAAGAAAUUUACAUUUUAUAUUAAGACAGAGGUCUCGUUUCAGACCGUUAGAUUUGAACUUCCAACAAACGAAGAUAUUCAACGUAGUUUCAUUGGAAGAAGAUAUCCACGAGUAACUUCAUACGCUAAUACUCAAUCAGUUCCAUUCGAUGGUGUUUGCCAUAUUUAUUCACUUCCGUACGGGUUUUGA